AUGAAGAAUCAAGUAACAGAAGAUGAUAAUUAUUUGCCUCAUGAAGAAGAAAGUGGAUGGACUGCUUAUUUAGAUGGUUUUUCAUCAAGCUCCAAUUGUAAUGUUGAUGGAAGUUUUAUGAGCAGCCCUUCUUUGGUCUCUGAUGCAGCUUGGUAUGGCUCAGACAAUCACAUGACUCAUAUCAAAAGAUUGAAAAUAUUCAAGAAUCCGAAGAGAGGUAAAAAUAAUCGCCGAAAAUUCUCGUGUGACGAUGAUUUGACCGAUACCGCUAGCUCCCCUGUUAACAGCCCCAAGGUGAGCAAUUUGAGGCAAAUGGAGAUGAUCAACCAAUACCAAAGAGUAGGUGAUGAUCAUUUGGCUAAGGGCAAUUUUCAGGAUAAACAAGUCGGCUCGAAUAUUGCUUUGAUGACCAAAAUAAUGGAGAAAAAUGGAGAGCAUAAUGUUGUUGACCUCAGGCAGAAGGGACUCUGUGUGGUGCCAAUGUCUGCAUUCAUCGACUACUUUCAAUGA